AUUUUCCGCCUUUUUAUUCGUGGCCAAAUGUUAGCGAACUUCAUAUACUUUAAAGGUAGAUUUACCUUUCAUAGUUGAAUAUUUGUUGUAUUAUGUUGUAAUUUUAAGCAAUAUUCGAAUUUUAAGGAUCUAGAAAAAUUUUGUUUUUAAUACAAAAUAAUUAAAUAGAAGAACUACCGUUGAAAAGUCUAUCUUUUACGAAUAAUAAUAAUGGGCUUGUCAACCAUUUUAUGACUCCCUUGUCCGUCGACGUUUCAUCUUAGCCCCGUGUUCGACCGGUAAAGGCGCGGGCUUGCAACGUCAAAAAUCGGGUAAACAAGUAGUGGUGAAUUUGCUGAAAGGACAGCCAUAGGCUUAUAGUGUAUUUUGACAUAUAUAUAGUUGACUGAACUGAAAUCAUAUGGAAGGUAUGGAUGCUGGCUAGACAGAAUUUGAGGAUUUUGAGACAUCCAGAACUGGGUUAUUUAUUUGAUAGUCUGUGAUAAUUAUCUAAAUUAGUAUGUUACUGUUUCAACCAAUCUAAUGUUGCCAGCCAUGAGAGACAGUGAAGCUGCAAAUGAAGAUAAGGAUGGGGAUGAAAAUAGUAUUAAUGGAAAGGGUCAAACUGUAGAGUUUUCCCAGGCUUGUGCAAAUCCUACUUUCACAAAGUGGUUGCUGGAAGCUAUACAUAAAGUGAAAACCCAGAAGCAGCGUCCAUCAGCUCAGCGUAUUUGUAGUGCUGUACGACAGAACCAUAAAGUUAGUGAAGAAUCAGUCAUAGAACAGCUGGAAUUGGCCGUGUCUGAGGGAGCUGUGUUACAGGUGAUUAAUAAAGGAGUGUGUUCCUACAAGGAUCCAAAAGGAGUUGUUCAGUUAAAAACCAACACUAUGAAAAUCAAUAAGACAACAAACAUGCUAAAAUUGAUAGUGAAGGUAAUCAAAGAGCUUGGAGAAGUAGGAGGAUCAACACUACGCUCGAUUGAAAAGUUCAUGACACAGAAUUACAAUCUCAUUGUGUCUCCUGGUUUUGACUUAACACAACAGCUUAGGGUAGCUGCUCGUAAAGGAGUAGCAAAUGGUACUCUUUUCCAAGAAGGAAGGUUGUAUAAGAUGGCGGAUGAACACUGUCCUCUUGACGUUGACUCUCUGCAUAAUGUUUGUACAUCAUCCAAUAGCAACAGUGGUAGUUUGUUUCAAGAUAAUAACCAGCAAAAGGAGAUUGAACCUGUUAAAACAUGUUGUUAUUGUCGUGGAAUGGGCAGUAAACACAAGGAUGACAAUGCAUGGGGUCUCUUGUCUUGUUCAGACUGUGGGAUCAGUGGUCAUCCUGCUUGCUUGAAUUUUUCUUCAGAACUUACAACUCGUAUCAGAAACAAGAAAUGGCAGUGUGUUAAGUGUAAAUUAUGCCAACUCUGUGGUGAAAAGAAUUCCCAUAACGACCUUUUGUUGUGUGACACAUGUAACCAAGCUUUCCACAUGGGCUGCCUUGACCCUCCAUUAAGGAAACGACCCAGAGGUUUUUGGAGGUGUGAGAAUUGUACAGAAAAUCUCCCUUCAACUAAGUUUAAGGAAAAGAGGCUGAACAGUAAAUUGGCAACAAACCAUCGAAAACAUAGCUGUGGCAGAAUGAAGAUAAGAAAUGCCACUAAUAGGUCUUACAUUUCCUCAAGCUGUGAUGAAGAUUAUGACAUUCAUGACAAAAGGAAUUCACGAAGGAAAUCAGCACCACAGUACCUGGUAAGGAAGGGGAAGUCUAGGAGUCGAAGAUCCGAGUCACCAGAUGAAAGCAUGGACUAUAAUGAUAUUGAACCAUUAGCUUCCAACAACCAGCAGCAGCAACUUCCUCCAGGAGUUACAGAGAAAGAUCUAACAUUAUUCAAGCAGGCCCAAGAAACAGCUUUUCAGCUGAAUGUGGGUGUGUGUGUUACUUCUCAGACCAUGGGCCAAGGAAGUCUACCUUUGGACCCACAAGUACGUUGUCCUGCAGCCAUUGAGUUUGGACAGUUUGAAAUCCAGACAUGGUAUUCUUCUCCAUAUCCACAGGAAUAUGCAAGACUGCCAAAAUUAUUUGUAUGUGAGUUCUGUUUGAAGUAUAUGAAGAGCAAAAGCAUUCUAGCAAGGCACAUGCACAAGUGUACAUGGACUCAUCCUCCUGCUACAGAAAUAUACAGAAAAGGUGAAAUCUCCAUAUUUGAGGUUGAUGGAAAUAUCAAUAAAAUCUAUUGCCAGAAUCUCUGUCUGCUAGCCAAGCUGUUCCUGGACCACAAGACCCUCUAUUAUGAUGUGGAACCAUUCCUGUUUUAUGUCCUCACCAAAAAUAAUGACAAAGGCUGCCAUCUUGUAGGGUAUUUUUCCAAGGAGAAACACUGUCAACAGAGAUAUAAUGUAUCCUGCAUUAUGACCAUGCCACAGUACCAAAGAAUGGGCUAUGGUCGACUUCUGAUUGAUUUCAGUUACCUUCUUUCAAGAAAAGAAAAUUUGGCAGGAACUCCUGAGAAACCUUUAUCAGAUCUUGGAUACAUAAGUUACAAAUCAUAUUGGAAAAGUGUAAUUCUCGAGUACUUGUAUAACUAUCAGGAUAAAAAGAUCACUAUAACAAGUAUAUCCAAAGCUACUGGCUUAAACCCGCAUGACAUAGCCACUACACUUCAAUGUCUAGACAUGAUCAAGAUUGGAGAAAAUGAAAGAUUAUUUGUUGACAGGCCAAUCCUCAAUGUCAACAAAAGUAUGCUUGACCAGCACAUGGCCAAAGUCCAAAAAAACCAAGAUAAGCGGAUUGCACUAGACUCUGAAUGUUUGCGAUGGACACCACUUGUUAGCUGUCCAACUCAGGAUGAUGAACAGAAUGAAGAAAAUGCAACAUUAUGGAAAAGAGAAGAACAUGACGAUUUGGAAAAUUCAUCCUGUGCUGGCAGUUUAAAAAACCUGUUCAGUCCACAUAAGAAGCAGAACAAAGUUAAACAAAAGCAAUUACUUAAACAUAAACGAAAACAUAAGAAAGGGCAUCUUGAAUUACCAAAACAUUCUGUGGACUCUGGUGAAGAAACAGAACCAAAGAAGAAGAAACUGAAGACUGGACAUUUAGAAAAUACCAACAGGAAUGUUCACAGUGAAGGUAGAAAUAAUGGGACCUGUAAAGUGAAGAAAAAGAGGAAUAAAAAAACCAAAGUUGGGUUGUUGAAAGGAUCGUCUGUGUACAAAAAAGAUAAACUGGAGAAAAGACAAAUGAAGAUUGAAAGCUCAAACAGAAAAAAGAAUGGUAGACAUAAGAAGAAGAAACCCUGUGGUUCUCUAGAUACCACAUUUGAUAACUUUACAGAUUCUGCUUCUCAGCUAGAUGUGGAGUGUGGCACUACAGAAGAGACUGAGAAUGGAUCAGCUCCACCAGUUCUAACACCAGCCAUACCCAUGGAAGCUGAAAAUGUAUCAUCUCUUCAUGAGAAGGACUUGCCACGGGAAGCAGAUCCUGCUCCACCUGUGCUACAAGCAUCUGUUGUGGCUUCUUCUCAUUCCCAUAAAUUUUGGGGCAGGAAAAGGCGAGGAUGGCCAAAAGGGUUAAGAAGAAAAUCAAGUCAUAAAAGAGUACAAGAGGUGUGCAACAUAAUAACGGAAAAUAAGAAAAAAGAAAGUGAAGUAAGUCAUGAUAUGGAUGCAGAUGAAAUAACUAAGGUGAAAAGCCAUGAAAGCCUUACUGAUAUAAGCAGUAUGGGAAAUAAUCACAACAGUAGUGAAGAGAACAAAAAUAGUCAAGAUAAUGAUCAAAUGGUCAGACUGGAUAGUAAUGAAACAGAAAUAGCUGACAAUGAAACAGAAAAUCAGAAAAAUAAAGAAAUACCUAAAAUAUCCUCUCCUGAACUUCCUGAAAAAUCCAACUUAACAGUACUUGAGACUAAGAAAACAGAAUUUGGAUAUCCUGCUGUAGAACCUGCAUUUUUCCAAGAAUCACUGAAGCUUGGCUUCGAAAGUGUUGCUACAAAACUUCACGGGAAGGAUAAACUCAAAAUUAACUUGGAUCAAGAAACAAAUCAAGACACCAUUCAAUCUGACACAAAGCUGGUUUUCUCUCUUCAACCAAGGAUAGUCUUAGGGGAUGUAAAUGAAACUGGUGAUAGUUGUUCUACCCAAAAUACAACAGAUGAAAUUGAACAGGUGUUGAAUUCUUCAUUAGCUACAACAGAAGUUGCUAGCAACAAUAUGGAACCUUUAUCAAACAUCAGUGCAUCACUUUCUCCAACUUCACAUUCCUGGAUGACUUCUAAUCCUGACAAAACAAUAUCAAAUUCUAAUAUAUCUGAUUCUUUACUUGUUGCUACCUUAGGUCCAGGAUUCGAAAGUUUCUCCGAAUCUUCCUCAACUUUCUUUGUUUCCUCAUCACACACCUCUGAUCAGCCAGUUUCAGAAGCAGAGAAUGCAAAUCAAGAAUGUAAUCAGGACCUUGAAGCUGCUGAAACUAUUUCAGACUUUUUAUUUACUAAUACUUCACAUACAUUUGACCAGACCAUUUCAGAGAUGGAAUGUUCAGGUGUAAAAGCUCAGCAGGACGGUCAGGCUUUGGUAGACACUGAUCCCAACUUUCCACAGUCCAGUGAGUCUAGCAUCAUGCCACAGUCAUGUUCUGAAACAUGGAUUGUAUCGCAACAGGAAAUAGCCAGUAUUGGAAUUUAUAAUUCUCAGUCUACAACCAGCAGCAGCAAUUAUAGUCCUGUAGGUGUGGAAGAGACCUUCAAUAAUGAUCCCUCAACAGCUGUCAUUAACAACGAACAUACCUCCCAACAAAUAACUACUUCAGAGUCAUACCCUAGCUACCCAGACAUAAUUUCUCAGCCUGCUACUACCUCUCAGUCCUAUGCUAGCUGUGUACAGCCUGUUACAACGUCCCAGUCACACUCUGGUUGUGUACAAUCGGAAGAACUUGUCACACAACCAGUUACCAGUUCUCAGUUGUACUCUGGUUGUGUAGAACCUGGUAAGGUUGAGGUUAGUGCUAAGUCUGUAAACACUUCUCAGCCAUUUCAUGGCUGUGUACAAUCUGGAGAACUUUCUGUAGAGCCUGUAACCACAUCUCAGUCAUAUGUUGGCUGUUUACAAUCUGGAGAACAUUCUGUAGAGCCUGUAACCACAUCUCAAUCCUAUAUUGGCUGUUUACAAUCUGGAGAACAUUCUGUAGAGCCUGAAACCACAUCUCAAUCCUAUGUUGGCUGUUUACAAUCUGGAGAACAUUCUGUAGAGCCUGUAACCACAUCUCAAUCGUAUGUUGGCUGUUUACAAUCUGGAGAAAUUUCUGUAGAGCCUGUAACCACAUCUCAAUCGUAUGUUGGCUGUUUACAAUCUGGAGAACUUUCUGUAGAGCCCGUUACUACAUCUCAAUCAUACGUUGGCUGUUUACAAUCUGGAGAAAAUCUUACUCAACCUGUUACUUCUUCUCAGUCUUACUCCAACUUUGAACAACCUGGAAACAUUACCACUCAGUCCUACCAUGGCUGUAUACAAUCUGAUGAGUUUAUUGCUCAAACUGUUACAAGCUCACAAACUUUCUCUGAUGCUUCAGCACAAAAAAUACAGCAUGUUUCAACACCAACUGGAAAGCAACUUUUUCAACAUGCUGAAAGCUUUGAUAGUGGCAAGUCAUCUUCCAAAAGUGUUACUCUCUCUAAUCGGUUAGAAAAACAGAAUGCUGCUAAACAGAAGCAACAGGUGAGCAAGACCCAUGAGCCAACUAGUACAAGUGUGUCAGAGGUGCAGAACAGUGUGAAUGUCAGCACUACCCCAGUUUCUAGUGUCUUGGUACAAGCUUCCCCCACAAACCUGGUGAAUGUAACAGGCACAAACCCAGCAGUUUCUUAUGUGUUAAAUGUCCCAGUAGCUGCUAUGAUUAAUUCUCAUCAGACAGAGCAGCAAAGCUUGGCUAGGAAUGUUGGUCAGCAGUUUGUGCUAAAUAACUCAAACAUUCCUGUGUCUACAUCUGUUCCUGUGGGGUUUCAACUGCAGUCUGCUACUACUGCUUCAAACACUAUCCAGGGAAAUACAGCUUGUAAUCUAGCAAAACUUCAGCAACUUACCAGCUACAUUAUAGAUGUUGUUCCCACUUACAACAGUACUAUGACACCACCUCCUAAUAUGGCUCUAUCUUCUUCUGAAGUCAACAUCACCACACCAGCUCAACGAUGUCUGACUCCUAUGAUCCCUAACCUUCCUUCUCCCAGUCCUAGUCAUGACUUUGGUAAAUACAAUCACUCUUAUCACCCUCGACCACUGCAGCAUAAUCCACCACUUGUAGCAAGCUAUCAGGCACUGAAUGGUGUUGGAUACCAUAUGCAACAAGCUCCACCGCCUGCAACUGCCACAGCAAUGGUCAAUACUACAGGGUACAUAAUUAACCCAAACCAGCUGCAAGCUACUGCUCUACCUAUGAGUAUGGUAAAUGUCAAUAUGCACCCACAGCACCAGUUCCAAGAAGCUAGAUCACAGAAUGCCAUUUACUCAUACGCAUACCAAUUUAAUGGGAGACUUCCCCCUCAGACCCUCAACCCCUUAAUGAGACGAUGAUGAUAAGAAAAAAAAAUGUUUAACUGGUUGUAACAGUGGACAUUACAGGAAGAAAAUACUUUACAUGUAAGCUUUUUCAAAUAUGUACUAAAAUCAGACCAUUUUCUUAAUUUUUUUUUUUCACUCACUCAUUGUAAAUAUGGGUUUCCAAAUGAUGUUACAUUCAGCUUUUGUCAGUUAGCAUCAUGUAAAUAAGAAAGCAAUUUUUGUGUAGCAGAUAUGUAAUUGUUACUUUGAGAUCAUCACUUUCCAUUUGUAAAUAUGAGGAGGAGGAACAAAUAGCAUGUGGAAAAUUUGUUAUUCAGCAUUAUCCAGGUUUCAUCCUCUUGCUACUAGUUUAGUUUCUAGAGGUCUAAGUAUUGCUCUCUCAUUUUUUUAAAUAGUAAAUAUUUUCUGAUACUUCUUUACAAUAGUAUUGUCCUUUAAAGUCAGUGAAAUGUAGUAAAAUAUUCCAGGCAAAUUUAAUGUAUGUUAAAACAAGCCUGCCUGUAUGGAGGAUUUAUUAACAAUGUUUUUUGCAGUGUAUGUGUUAGGGUUUAUUGUAAUAUUAACGUUUUAACUGUUCACUUAUUGUACAAAAACAUUAAUAAUUGUGCAAGGGUUAUUGUUGCAUUGGUACUUUGAAUCUGUUGGUUACUUUUCUCAAGAACUAGUGACAUUCAACAUGAAAGGAUGGCCAGGGCAACCUCUCAUUAAAAGAAGACAAAAAAGCUUAUGUUAAAUGUCACUGGUCUAGUUAUAAUUUAUGAAGUAGAAAGAGAAACAUUUUAUUUGGCAAGAAAUAAGGUGUACACAAUGUUUUACAGGGAAUAAAUGUGAAUUUGCACUGACAUUAUUGUUUUGGAACUCAUUAGCAAAGACUAUAAUAUAGUACUACAUAGUUUAUUACUUUAAAAAAAAA